UUACUAAUAGAAAUAGCUGCAAAUAUAAGAAAUGGUAUUAUACCCGACGAUACGGAUACCAAAUGCUAUAUUAAUUGUAUUAUGGAAAUGAUGCAAACGAUUAAAAAAGGCAAAUUUCUAUACGACGGCGCACUUAAACAGGUUGAUAUUCUCUUGCCUGAAGAUUAUAAGGAUGAGUACCGUACCGGUAUAACCGCCUGUAAGACGGCAGCUGUUGGUGUCAAAAAUCACUGUGAGGCGGCUUAUAUUUUGUUGAAUUGUUUGCGUGGUAAAAUAACUAAAUUUGUAUUUCCUUAAAG